AUGUUUCCUCACCACAGAGAAAGGGAGCAGCCGAUCUUCAGCGCCCGGGCCCAUGUUUUCCAAAUCGACCCCACCACCAAGAGGAACUGGAUCCCCGCCAGCAAACAUGCCGUCAGCGUGUCCUUCUUCUACGACGCCAACCGGAACGUCUACCGCAUCAUCAGCGUGGGCGGGACCAAGGCAAUCAUCAACUGCACCAUUACACCCAGCAUGACGUUCACCAAGACAUCCCAGAAGUUUGGGCAGUGGGCUGACAGCAGAGCCAACACUGUGUAUGGUCUGGGUUUCGCUACAGAGCAACAGCUGCACCAGUUCUCCGAUAAGUUUAAGGAGGUGAAAGAUGCAGCUCGGCUCUCUCGUGAAAAGUCGCAGGAUAAAGAACUGGCCCACACAGCACUGACCAUCGCUGCUCCUCAGUUCUCACAGGACCUCGCGGACGAACUCCAGUCUCCACCUGUGAUGUGUGUGAACGGACCCGAGGACAAACUGUUCCGCAGCCAGAGCGCCGACAUCACCCUGUCCUCUGAGAAAGAGCGUAUCAAAAAGAUGCUCUCUGAAGGGUCUAUUUGUGAGAUGAACCUGGAGGCUGAGCUCUUCACUCUGCAGGACAGCAACUCCAAGCUGGUGGCAGCUUUGCACGAGGCUAAUGCUAACGUGGAGCAGUGGAAGAAGCAGCUGGCGGCGUAUCAGGAGGAGACGGAGCGGCUGCGAGAACAGGUGUCUGAACUGGAGACCCAUGGGAGCCACGGCCCCAGUGACCUGCUGAAGGACGAGCUGACCCAGUCUCUAGAGGAGCUGGAGGCGCUGCUGAAAGCCAAAGAUGAGGAGAUCCACAUCUUACAGAGCAAGAAGGCUGACUACCAUGAAAUGGAGCAUGAUAGAAAUGAGGCCAUGCACAGACUACGGGAUAUGGAGAUGCGUAAUUCAGAUUUGGAGCGGCGCAUCCAGAACACAGAGCAGAACCUGGGGAACUCUCUGGAGGAUCGGGAUCGCAUGGACACUGAGAUCCAGAGAGCCAUAGAGAUUCUGGACAUCAAGAUCUUUGACCUUAACGACCUCCGCCAGAGCCUGGUCAAACUCAUUGACAAAUAAGAAAGAAAGAAAACACAAAUCCAUCAGAGAGCAUGAAAGAGGAGACUGAGUAAAAAUAUGUGUUGGCAGCAGCUAGUAAAGGAAAUAAGAUGGAGCUGGUCCCUGUCCUCUUCAAGCACAAGAACCACCUCGGCUGCAGGAAGGCCACUCCACAUGUGCGUGGCGGCGAUGGCUGCGCUGUGCUCACAAACACACUGCCGGUGUUGGCCUUUUAGCAGCGGCCUAUACACCGUAUUGCUUGUCCGAUUCGCUUUAUGUCGCUUCAAGGUAAACAUUCAGUGCAAUAAAACCAACUUUAAGGUAAGUGCUUAACACUGCUAGACAUUUACUAUUGAGAACUGGUGCUUGUAGUUUUUCAUGUUUUUUUUUUUUUUUCAAGAAUGACUUUUGUAUUUAAAAAGAAACACACAAACAGCCAUGCAGUGUCAAUAUGAACGAUAAGAGGCCUUGCUUUUCUUUUCUUUUUUUCACUGACGGGAAAAUUUAACAUGAGUCAAGGAGAAAUAAAUAAAACAGCGCACAAGACAAAAGUACUUUGAAGAGAUUUACCUGUUUAAGAACCUGCAUUCAACAUAGUAAAUUAACAUUGAGUUUGAUUUGUGCAGAGAUAAACUUGUGUGUCGUCUUGUCGUUGCCUGUGCGUACUGUAGCAGCUACAAUGUUGUGUCGGUGAAAGACAGAGAGGUUUCCUAAGUAAUGACGUACAUAAAAAAAUCUGAUAUAGUUGUGUUAACACUGUUCAAUAUAACAGGGGAGGCAUGGACACACAACUUGAACUUGGAUCUGAAUAUUGACACCAAAGAUCAAAUGUUAAAAGCAGUCGUUGGCAGCAGCUUGUCUCUCAGCACAUCUUUGUUUAAACUUGAGAGGAACCUUUAGAUAUAAAGUAAGUUACAGAAACUCUUAGGUAAAUGUUAGUAUAUGAUGUAUAAUGCAAUUA